AACGUGGAGGUGUAUGGAGACCACAGCGGCUCGCGAUUCUUUCUCCUCCGCCCGCUCCCCCCACCUCUGGAAAUCAAAGCUCCUCGCCGUCGAAAGUCGUUUUCCCCCCACCCCUCCCCCACCCCCUUCCUCAGAACGUGGAGGUGUAUGGAGACCACAGCGGGUUGCGCUUCUUCCUCCGCCGCUCCCCCACCUCUGGAACUCGGAGCUCCUCGCCACAUGGGACUCCUCAAAUGUCUUUUCCCCCCCACCCCACCCACCCGCCCCCUCGCGUUCUUCAGAACGUGGAGGUGUCUUCUGAGACGUCUCAAAAGGGGACCACAGCGGCUCGCACUUCUUCCCCCCUCCUCUGGAACUCGGAGCUCCUCGCCACAUGGGACUCCUCAAAUGUCUUUUCCCCCCCACCCCACCCACCCGCCCCCUCGCCUUCUUCAGAACGUGGAGGUGUCUUCUUAGACGUCAACGUGGAGAACGUGGAGGUGUAUGGAGACCACAGCGGGUCGCACUUCUUCCUCCUCCGCCGUUCCGACCAGAUGCGAAACUCGGAGCUCCUCGCGCUGCCUGUUGUUGAUGCCACUGCUGCUGCUGCUGCUGCUGCUGCUGCUGUAGAGCCUUCAUUGGUGCUGCCACAUGACCCCAGUGUGAAGCUCCAAUCAGUGACGGCCUUCAAGCGCCACGUGGUCGUUUUUGAGAGGGUGAAGGGGCUCCAACGGAUCAGAUGCAUCCCCUUGCGAUCCGACGGCUCUCCUGCACCUGAAGAUGCCAAACUGGUGGAAUUCGACGAAGCAGCAUACGAGAUCCGGGCCCUCAGAAGCCGCUUCGAGUCGCCUCUCCUCCGCUACUCCUUCUCCUCCCUCGUCACCCCCACCACUGUGUUCGAGCGAGACAUGGACACAGACAGGCAGGCGGCUAGGAAGGUCGACUGGGUCGGUCCAUCCUUUGACCCCUCCCUUUACUCCUCUCGCCGUCUCUUCGCCACCGCAAAAGACGGCACACAAAUGCCCAUAUCGCUCGUCCAUCGCAACACCCCUGCCAAUGUUGCCGGCGCUCCCAGCGUUUCUACUGAUGCUGCUGCCUGCAGUGGGCCCCCUUGGCCCAUGCUGCUCUACGCCUACGGUGCUUAUGAGGUGAGGGUCGGUGCACAGCAGCAGCAGACGGCACUCAAGUGCCUAUCUCGCUCGUCCAUCGCUGCAGCGCUUGCAGUGCUGCCGGUGCUGCCAGCGACCCGCCUUGGCCCAUGCUGCUCUAUGCCUAUGGCGCAUAUGAGGUGCCCCCGCGCCUCUCUUUCUCCCCCGAUCGCCUCUCCCUGCUUGAUCGAGGGGUGGCCGUGGCGAUAG